AACAAAAGCAUCGAAAUAACAAAACACCACCAUGAUGAUGGAAACAUUAGUUGCACCAUCGACGGCCACUAACCAGAGUUUAGUAGUAGGUGGUGGUAAUGGUCAUGCUGGUGUUGGAGUUGUUGUUGUUUCAGCAUCAUCAUCUUUAUCAUCAUCGUCUUUAGCUUCAUCUCCAACAUCGCCAUCAUCAUCAUCAUCGUCGUCGUCGUCAUCAUCAUCAUCAUCAUGUUCAGCACAAGCAUCACCACAAUCAUCAACAACAGUGACAACAUCGAAUUCGGUGAUUAUUGAUUCGACGGUGUCGUCGUUGCCGUCAUCAUCAUCAUCAACAACAGCUGUUUCGACAGUAGCUUCAUUGAUGGCACCAAAUCAUCAUCAAACUUCAGGUCAAAUCGUUAUGAUUGGAUCAUCAUCGAAUAUUGUUUCUGGAACUAAUAUAACUACAACCACUGUUAAUGGUGUUAAUAUUGAUAAUAACUGUGGCAAUAAUCGAAUAAAAUCGCCACAAUUUGCAAUUGCUCCAACAUCAUCUGUUGUUCAUCAAGUGAUCAAUCCGAUUGAUACAGCAAAGAUGACGGCUACUGCUACAUCUAAUAAUAAUAACAGUAUUUCUCCAUCUACGACCACCAGUUCAGAAGUAUUGAAACAGAAUAAUGAAAUGGUCAAGACAACGGCCAUUAUGAGUCAAAAUGUGCAACAAUCGGCUCCAGCCAAAACGGUGGCCACAAUAUCAUCAUUCGUAUUGCCCAUUUCAUUGAGUGGAGGUUGUGGUAAUGAUAAUUCGACCGUAACAUUGUCAUCAUCAUCGACAACGAUUCCGACCGUUACACGAUCUGGAUCAAGUGGUGGCGGACAUCAUAAUAACCAUAAUCGUAUAAUUCCAGCAUCAUCCGUUAUGGCCUCCAUUCAAUCUGCUGCUAAUAACGUAUCAAACGGUUUUAGUGGGAAUCUUACUGCUGAAAGCAAUAGUAUGACUAGCAAUGGUGGUCCAAAAACACCAACAAAUAAUGGAAACGAUCAACAACAUAUAACUAUACAGCAAAUGGCUGCCGCAGUCGCAUCGACAACAUCAACAGCAUUAUCUGCAACACCAUUUUUGAAUAAUAAUUUAGGUUCACCAUCUUCAGCGUCAAUGACACAGCAACAAGCACAAAAACGUCCAAUGAAUGCAUUUUUAAUUUUUUGUAAACGACAUAGAAGUGUCGUACGCGAACGUUAUCCACAUCUAGAGAAUCGUUCGAUAACAAAAAUCUUGGGCGAAUGGUGGGCAGCAUUGAAAGCUGAAGAGAAACAUGAUUAUACGGAUUUAGCUCGGCAAUAUAAAGAAGCUUUUAUGAAGGCUAAUCCACAUUUCAAAUGGUAUAAGACAACAGAACCACCUAGACCACCACCACCACUAUCAUCAUCAUCAUCCCAAACACAAUCAUUAUCAUCGGUGACGACUCACAUGAUGCCUUCCAAUCAAGUACAAAAUGCCAAUAAUAAUAUUACGGUUAAUACGGUCCUAGUGACUAAUAAUAAUAACAACAACACAAACAAUACGGGUACUACAGUAACGAAUAGCAAUCCAUCUCAGCAACAACAACAACAACAACAGUCAACAACAGCAACAUUGGCUUCGGAAAUUUCCGGUUCAUCUUUACCGAUAGCUAAUUCAACGGUGCAAUCCUCAUCUAUGCCAACAUCUACGAACAAUAAUAAUGUUAUUGUUGUUGGAAAUGUGGCCAUAUCGCCAACUUUAUCAUCAACAACCCUAGAUGUCACAUCGCAAUCUUCAAACACUGUUGGUGGUGGUGGUGUUACUGUUGGCAAUAACUCAUUAACGACGACAACAACAACAACAAGUUGUACAACACCAAAACCACCGAAAAAACGUUAUCUCGAGUCAUUAGAAUCAAGUGGAGAUUAUACUAAAAAAGUAACAACAACACCGGCGACAACAGCUAAUCUCACUGGAAUGAAUGGAACAUGUUCAACAGUGGUGAUCACCAACAACAACAACAACAUUGCAACUAAUUAUCAAUCGGGCAAUGGUGCAAUUUCCCAAGUAUCAAACGGUGCUACUGGUGGCAUUGGUGGUGGUCAUUUCAAAGUGGUUCAUCCUCCUUUGUUAUUGGAUACGGAAACAGCAUCAAGAGUAAUUGAACAACAAUUAUUGUUUAAUGGAUCAAAAAAUGAAUCAGGUUGUAAAACUGGUGCAUUGUCAUUUCAAUCGAACGUAUCGUCAAACAGCCAGUCUAAAUUUGAUAAUAAUAACUUCUCUUCCGUUUCGAAUAAUAAUAAUACAAUCAUCACAUCUAAUAAUAGUUCAUCAGAAUUGAAGGCAGCAAAAACAAUGUUAGCAAUAGCAUCGGCUGCAUCCGGUGUCGGCACAUCUGCAUUGAUUGGGGGUACUACAACUGGUAGUACAGGCAAUGAAUCAAAUUGUAGUACUGGAAGUACUAAAAGUCAUCAUAGUGAUUCCGGUUCAGAAACAGCUUCGGAUGAUGAAAUUCAUCAUCAUCAUCAUCAUAAUGUUGGCCAAAAUGAACAAUCAUCGAACAAUAAUACUACUAUGAAUACUUCAUCUUUGACUUUCUAUCCAAACAGCAGGUCGGCAACGAUAGCAAUGAAAUCAAUUGUUGAAAAGAAUGAUAAUAAUGAAGAUGUUAAACCAUUAAAUCUAAGUUCAUCAUCAUCAUCAUCAAAUACCGCCACCAGUAAUCAGUCUUCAACAACAACAGCAACAUCAAACAAUAAUAAUAAUAAUAAUAAUAAUACUAUGGAACGAACUAUAACUCGUUCAAAUCAACAAAUCAUUGAUCAUUAUAUUGAUAAAUUUUUAAGUUCUGGUCAAAUUUGUGAUUUUAAACCAAUGCCACCAAAUCUCAAUUCGAUUAAUGGCAAUUCUAAUUCUAAUAAUAAUAAUACACAAUCAUCAUCAUUAUCAUCAUCUUCAUCAACAGCAACAUCUACUACAGCUGGUGUAUUAAAUCUGACAACACCGACAUCAAAUUCAUUAUCAACAACAACAACAACAACUAAUCAAUCCAAUUCAAAAUUUUUAUUGGUUGCCAAAGAUUUUAGUCUACGAUCAAUCACCGGUGUUGGUAGUACGGCUGCUAAUGCUUCUGGUAGUAAUAAUCUCAAUCAAAUGGGCACAAAAAGAUUACAUUCAGAUAAUCAAGUAUUGAUCGUAAAUAAUGGAUCUCCGGGAAAAAUUCUAUCAACUUCAACUACAACACCUACCACAGCAUUGUUAAUGAAUUCAUCAUUGUCAGCAAAAUCAUCGACAAAAUUGACUAGUACGGAAUCGUUGCCAUCAAAACGCUCAAGAAUUAAUGGAACUGUAAUUGGUGUUAAUGAAAUGAUGGCUGCUAUGGCUGCUGCUGCUGCUAAUGCUAAUGCCAAUAAUAAUAAUAAUAAUCAUGCUAUUAAUCAAGGUGGUUUUAGCAAUCAACUGGUCACUGAUAAUGGUCAUUCAAAAUUUGUUACUGGAUCAUUUGAUUUGGAAGAACAUAUUCGAGCAUUACCACAAUUGGAUAAUAAUCAUUUGGUAAAUGCUCUUCAUCUUCGUAAUCAACAUGAAUUGACCAAAACAACAACGUCAUCAUCGUCGUUGACUAACAAUAAUACCACCAGUUGUUCCAAUACGAAUCCAACAUUGGUGAUUGUUCAAUCGAGUAAUACAAAUGCUCAAAAUUUAACUACUUCGACAUCAUCUUCAUCAUCGACAUUGGUCAAAACUGUUCUUUAUCCAACGACGAUGGCCUCUACGAGCAAUGGACAACAACAAUCACAUUCCGCAUUUGUACCUAUAUCGACAGCAACAUCUUCAAUACAACCGGAAAAUCUUAAAUUAAAUCUUAAUGGCCAAAAAAUAACCUCACUAAUUGGCACUACCAAAUUAUCUCAGCCACCAAUAUCAUCAUCAUCAUUGUCAUCGUCAACAGCAACAUCAGCAGUUAAUCUUACCAUUACGACACAAUCAUCCACAUCAACAAACAAUAAUGCAUCAUUAUCACGACCGACAACUAUCACCGCCACGAAUACUACUUCAUCGUUGUCUUCCGAAUUGAAUAUGGAUGCAUUGCCUUUACGUUUGGCUACAGCGGCUACUGCCGGUGCUAUACCGACUACUGUUACAUCAGCUUCAGCAUCGGUAUCGCCAAGAAUGCCACAAAGCCCUUCUGUUGUUAUCAAAUUCGGUACCGGUCAAACGAUUCCGGUACAAACAUUGGAUGGCAAUCUAGUUUCAAUUGGUUAUAUAAGUAAGGCGGCCACCAAUGCUGCUGGAAAUGUCUCGUCUGGAGCUUCAACCAUAGCUCAACCAAUUAUAAUGACAACGGCUCCAUUGGUUGGCCAUUCAAAUAAUAAACCGAUGGAUCUAAGUGUUGCGAUAUGUUCAUCAUCAUCAUCAUCAGCUACACAGCAACAACAAUCAUAUCUUACAUCAACGAAUGCUGCCGCUGGAACCACUGCAGUGAUAACAUCAUCAUCAGCUGCAGCGGUAAUGGCUGCUGCUGCAGCUGCAUCAUCGCCAACACCAUUGUUGUUGUCAAUUUCCCCUCAUUCAUCUCAAAGGAUCUCGUUGCCACAAACAGCAGCCGCAGCAGCACCACAACCACCACCAAUAACAUCUGUAACAAGCACUCUAUUGACAUCUGUAUCAUCCGUUAUGUCAUCAUCUUUAUCAUCCACAUCAUCGUCGUCAUCAGUGAUACCACCAAUGGCAACAUCACCAGCUUCUUCGACUACAUCAUCAUCAUCUGGUGAAUCGGCAAAUAUUCUAUCCACAGUAAUCUCAUCACAAGGUUCGAUCAACCAAUGUGAUGGUCUUGCUGCAUUAGCUGAAAUUGCUCUUCAGCAGGCUAAUCGCUAAUAAUGUUGAUUAUGAAAUUUAUCAAGAUAAUAUCAAUUGAUCCAAGAUGAAAAUAAACUGAAAAAACGAAAUCUCCCGCCGCCACCACCGCCUUCCUUAUCUCUUUUUAAAUAUUUCAUCAAAUCAGAACGAAGAUUCUCAAAAUGAAAAAAAUAUUUAAUAAUUUGGUGCAAACAAACAUUUAUUAUCUAUUCUCGGCUUGAUCCCAAAUCAAUUUUUCUAUUAUUUUUUAAUCGAAAUUUUUUUUAAAUAUAUUUAAACAAAUCAAUCAACGAUUGAAUCAACAACAACAACAACAACAACAAAAAAUGAAACAAAACAUUAUCGUUGAGAUGGCCAAUUUCAAUCCAAAAAAUCAAAUCAAAUCUAAAUCAUCUUAUCUAUAUUUGGUGCAUUUAUACAUUUUACAUCCUUUUUUUUCUCACAUUGAAUUGGAAGAUAAUUCUCAUUACAUAAUAUUUAUAUAAAUAUUAUCAUCACAUCGUAAUAUACACAUACAAAAAUUAAUGGCAAAAAUUCACUCUUCUUCAACUUUUACUAUUUUUUUUUCUAUCUAAAAUGAAUGAAUCAACUAAAACUACGUAUAUAUAGAACUGAAAAGUUUGGCGAAAAAAAAUCUCCUUUUUUUAAUCAUCAAACAUUAAUAAUAAUUUUGGGAAUUUCUUUUCAAAAAA